ACUCCAUUUCUCAUUUUGAUUCUUUGAAAUUUUUGAGUGCUUAAACAAACAAAGACACUCAAUCUCUUGCUUCAUUCUAAAAGAGAGAUCUUUUUUAAGAUUUAGAAAAAAAAAUAGAGCUUUCUUAGCUUGUAGAUAUCCGAUCCCCUUCUUGCAAUUCUAGUGGAAAGCUGAUUGUUUAAGGCAUCACUGUCUCUGUUACAUCAAAAAAUAAUUAAAAAGUGGUUUUUAGCUGAUAUUGGUUACAUAAGAAUGGGAGAUCAUUUUGUGUUUCUGGUUGAUCGGUUGCUAACUGAAUCAACUUUGGAGGCUGCAAUUGAAAGCAGAAACCCGAAACAGCUAGCAUCACCGACAACGAAUAGCUCGGUAACUGAUUGCUCUUCCCAGGAUUCUGAUCCUCUGAGUCCUAGGAAGAUGGUUGAAUGCAGGAUAUGCCAAGAUGAAGAUAUGGAUUCAAAUAUGGAAGUUCCUUGCUCUUGCUGCGGUAGCUUGAAGUAUGCACAUCGGAGAUGUGUCCAGAGGUGGUGUAACGAGAAGGGUGAUACCAUUUGUGAGAUAUGCCACCAGCCUUUUAGGCCUGGUUAUACGGCACCUCCCCCUAUUUUUCGACUUGGAGGCAUCCCAAUGAAUUUUAGGGGAAACUGGGGAAUUGUUAGAAGAGACUUGAAUAACCCUCGUCUGAUAGCUGUCGUUUCAACUGAUCGUAAUUUCAUCAACUCUGAUGACUAUGAUGAUGACUAUGCGGUCUCUACAUCAAGAAGCAUGAUGUGUUGUCGUUCAGUUGCAAUGAUUUUUAUGCUGCUUCUGGUUUUACGACACACUCUUCCCAUCAUAGUGAAUCAAGCAGAGGACUAUUCAUUCCCUUUGGUCAUGCUACUACUGCUGAGGAUUACUGGCAUUGUCCUGCCUAUCUACAUCAUAAUGAAAGCAGUGACCUCUUGCCACCGUCGCCAACACCAGCAGGCUAUUUUACCUAUCUCCUCGUCUGAUGAAGAAUCUGGCCCCGUGAUACUCUCACAUCAACCUCCCCCCAUCAUCGCCCCUUGAAAGUACUAGAUAUAUGUUAGUUCAUGUUUACUCUACUGUUGCUACUGCGUCCUGCUGCGUAAAAUUUGCUGCAGAGAGGAUGGAUGACUGCGAAAAGGCUACACAUUCGUGUAAUGCAGUUGGUGUUUCAGAUUAUGUAGAUUGAAGAAAUAUCAAAAAAAGGAAAAACAAAGUCAACAAGGCUAUAAAAAGGAAAAAGAUAUCAAGGUUAUGGAUUAGUUAGAAAUCUUUGUACAGUCAGUUAAAGUUCAACCAUGUAUAUGAACACAUGGAUGGGAAUACAAAAUGUGUCAAGUUAGUUAAA